GAUCAUACCGAUGGUAUUUACACUGAUUUUAUAACCGAUUAGUUCAUAACCGUUGUCUAAAUAGAUCAGUCAUUUUUUGUCAUAGAAAAAAAAAAGAAAUAGAAGAAAAGAGAUUAUAUAUCUAUAUAUGAAUCUAUGCACGUAAAAAGAGAAGAGAGGGAAUUCAAUUGAAUAAAAAUUAGUUGAGUUUAGUUGGGAAACGUCAAACGAGAGAGUGGCUGGCCGAGGGAGGCAGAGCACCCGGCCGCGGCCCCCAUAUUAUACAAACAAGAUAUAUAUAUAUAUAUAAAUAUAAAUAUAUUAUUAUUAUUUUUAAAACCCCUACCCUUCCCUUCCAAAUUAAUUACCCUUUCUCUUUAAUCUUCCCACUUCUAUCAUCAAUUCAUCAUCCUCAUAUAUAUUUAUUCUCAGUCUUCUUCUUCUUCUGGCUUGGCUCCGUAAUACUAGCACAUCGCAGAGCUGUCCAGAAAGAGACUUUCUCCUCCCUUUCUCUUUAUCCCUUCUCCCCUUCCUUCCUUCACUUUCCCCUCCCCACACCAGAAAGAAAGCAAGAGAGAAAGGAAAGAUAGAGAUGGGGAAUUGCCAGGCGAUCGAUGCGGCAGCGCUGGUCAUACAGCAUCCCUGCGGCAAGAUAGAGAGGAUGUACUGGCCCGUCACCGCCAGUGAAAUCAUGAGCCUCAACCCAGGCCAUUACGUCUCUCUCAUAAUCCCACUCCCCAGGCCUCCUACCGCUCCCGGCGACGACCACAAGGUGGUUGCUGCGGCCACGGCGGUUCAGUUCACCAGAGUCAAGCUUCUCCGCCCAACUGAUACUCUGGCUCUUGGCCAUGCCUACCGCCUCGUCACCACUCAAGAGGUAGUGAAGGUUCUUCGGGCCAAGAAGUCUGCCAAAAUGAAGAAACAGGAGGCUGAGCCUGGUGAGAAACCAGAGGCUAUUUUGUCAGAUAAACAGAGUUCAGAUAGCAGGAAAUCUGACUCGGACAAGGACUUCCACUUCCAGUUCCAGGCAAGCAAACAAGGAAGUCAUCGGCGAAGGGCAGCGCCAGUUAACCCAUCUGCACUGAGAUCCAAGUCAUGGCGGCCAACAUUACACAGCAUCUCAGAGGCUACAAGCUGAACUCAUCUCCCCUCUUGUAUCCAGAAAUUCCCCCCCAUGGCAGAUGGCUCCAUAAUGAUGGGAAGAGACUGGUAAAAAACUAGUCAAUCCGGAAUAGAGAAAAAGAUGUUAUAAAGGAAUGUUUAUAAGGAGAAAAAGGAGUCUCUCCACCUUCCUCCCUAAACAAUAUAGAUGGAUUUCCUGUUACUUGACGGAAAGAGCUACCUUUCCCCCUCCUUUCUUCCUGUACAGCCAGCCACGAGAGAAAGCAAAAAGAAAAGAAGGGGGAAAAGUAGAGAAAAGAAAAAGGAAUGGAUUCUGACACAGUACUUACUUACCCGUGUUCUUUUGCAAAGUACAUAUAUAUUUUUACCCUGCCUGUUACGUGUGAAGUAGGAAUAGUAGUACCAUCGAUGACACAGAUUCACCCAAGAGAGGGAAUCGGGGGAAAAAAAAAAAAAGAGAAGACAGAUGGAAGGUUAAUCAAUGUGCGCGUUAAUGGCGAUGGGGAGGUGGGUUUGAUGAGUUCCAAACUUGCCAAUCCUGAUCCACAUGAUUUUGAGCCCACAGAAGAGCAGCUCUUGCUGCCAUGGCUGCUCCCGCUCCUGCCAAUUUCUUGUCCUUGAGAGCUACUAACAUAUCUGUAAAUGGCUCCACCAAUAAUGUCCCAGGCCCUCCAUACUCAUUGUGCAAGAACUCACUGAAUAUCUGCUUCCAUUACCACAAAAGAUGACCAACGAUAACAUUAAGAGCUGGGAUCAACAGAUGGAAAACUCAUAAUGGCUUCUGCAUCUUACUCAAAAAGCUAUAGCUAGCCUACCCUGGAGUCGUGCAGAUGGCAUAAACAUUGUUAAACAGGUAAGACAUUUGUUAAAGAGAAUAAUAAUAAUGCCAAGAUUUGGGCCUAGCAAGCAAAUAGCAUGCACAAAAAGCUAGAAACAAUUGAUUGAAGUUGUCUUUGAAAUGCCAGCUUUUUAAUUUUGUUGUGAAGCCACACGUAGUUCCAUCCCAGUAGUACUCGUCUUUGGGAGGGAGGAAACGGGCCAUGGCCAUCAAUUAUUCAAAGCCAAGACAGCACAAGGUUCCAACCAAAUCAGAACCCUACUGCUCUAAAAGGAGAUUAGACAAAUUUUGCACACUCAGAAACAUAAAAGCAAGCAAAAUAAAUAAAAAGAGGCACAGCUUAUAGCAGAAAUGGAAAAUAUGGCACGAAAUGAUUGGAUACAAUUUCAUAAGAAUUGCAACUAAGGAAUCCGUAUUAAAUGGUUAUUGUUUUCAAAUUCUUGUUUACAAAAUAAUUACAACUAUAAAUUACCUAAACUAUAACACUAAAAUAACAAAUAUUGGUGAUCAUCUUGUAGUUUUCAGCAGGCCAUGCAAAUCUCUAGACUCUAAUGGUUCAUAUAAAUUCAAUUCUCAACAAGUGCUGGCCGGCGGCAUCCUUACUAAGAAUGCCUCUGAUCUCCACGUCGACUCAUUCUUUCUCAGAAAUCCCCCGUCAGCAAUAUAUGUAUUUUUUAUAUACGAAAAGAAUUAGCAACAAAGUAUGCCAUGGCUGUUCCAUUUGUCUAAUCAGUGGGAUGCAGAUAACAAUUUCUAGCUUUUCACGAUGAGAUAAUGACCAUCUCCCCGGCCGGUAUAAAAACAAUUAAGCAGAUAUGCAUAUGAUCAACUAACUUCACCUGCGACAAGCAUAUGCAAUCAAAAAACUUGCCCACGGGCGGCACACAGAGGAAGGGCUUGGUGCCAACAACAAGCUUCCAGAUGGAAGACUACAAAACUGUAGCAAAAAUUGGCUCGCUCCCAUGGGGGUAUAUAGCUAAGCAGGAUUCUGUCCUUCAAAAUCACCCGAUUAGGCUUUAAAAAAAGAUGAGACAAAAAGUUGUGUUUAUCACAGUUCCUCCUCAUCAAAUUAAACAUUGAUAAUGUGA